AAACAUUUGUUGAAAUGAAUACUUGAGUCUUUUUUACUUUUUCAGUCUGUUUGACUGUAAAAGGAAAGGUUCUCGCAGUUAUAUGGUUGGCUUGAUAGUCUGUUAAUUACUGUACCAAUCCGUUGCUUUUGUUGGCAUGAUGUCCAGAGUUAAAGUAGAAAAGAAGGAUUAGUGUAAUACUGUUUGUUGCGACAGAGUCGGAAGCGGUCAGAGUACUCUCUUACUAUUUUUGAGCGUCUUUGGUUUGUCUAACCAUCCAAGAUGGCGGCGCUUGUCGGGCUGCGUGCAUGUUUCUCCGCCCUUCAGCUCUCUUCGCCGAGCUUUCUGCACAGCUCGUACAAACUGUGUGCUGUGCCUCUGAGCCGGCGGACCUUCGCUGCUGAGGCUAAGAAGACAUACAGCAGGGACAAACCUCACGUGAACAUCGGAACCAUAGGCCAUGUGGAUCACGGCAAGACCACGCUGACCGCAGCCAUUACCAAAGUGCUGUCAGAUGCUGGUGGUGCUAACUACAAAAAAUAUGAGGAAAUUGACAAUGCGCCCGAGGAGAAGGCCAGAGGAAUCACCAUUAACGCCUCUCACGUGGAGUACACCACAGCCAAUAGACAUUACGCCCACACCGACUGUCCUGGCCACGCCGACUACGUCAAGAACAUGAUCACGGGCACGGCUCAGAUGGACGGCUGUAUCCUGGUGGUGGCGGCCACCGACGGCCAGAUGCCUCAGACACGCGAGCACCUCCUGCUGGCCAGGCAGAUCGGCGUGGAGCACGUGGUGGUGUUCAUCAACAAGGCCGACGCGGUGGAGGACAAAGAGAUGCUGGAGCUGGUGGAGAUCGAGAUCCGGGAGCUGCUCACGGAGUUCGGCUACGACGGCGAGAACACGCCGGUCGUGAUCGGCUCCGCCCUCUGCGCCCUGGAGAACAAGCAGCCUGAACUGGGUUUGAACGCCGUGAUGAAACUGCUGGAGAUUGUGGAUUCUUAUGUUCCUCUGCCCAAACGAGAGCUGGAUAAACCUUUCCUUCUGCCCAUCGAGGGUGUUUAUUCAAUCCCAGGCAGAGGCACAGUUGUGUCGGGCACUUUGGAGAGGGGCAUCAUCAAGAAAGGAGACGACUGUGAGUUUGUGGGCCACAAUCGCACCUUCAAGUCAGUGGUCACAGGUAUCGAGAUGUUCCACAAGUCUCUGGACCGGGCAGAAGCAGGCGAUAACCUGGGCGCUCUGGUCCGGGGUCUGAAGAGGGAGGACAUGAGGAGGGGGAUGGUGAUGUGCAAACCCGGAUCCAUCAUGCCUCACCAGAAAGUCAGGGCACAGGUGUACGUUCUGAGUAAAGAGGAGGGAGGCAGACACAAGCCCUUCGUCACCAACUUCAUGCCCGUCAUGUUCUCUCUCACCUGGGACAUGGCCUGCCGGGUCACCCUGCCCACUGAAAAGGAAAUGGUGAUGCCCGGUGAGGACACGUCAUUGAUGCUCACGCUCCGCCAGCCGAUGGUGCUGGAGAAAGGCCAGAGGUUCACCCUGAGAGACGGAAACAGAACCAUUGGCACCGGCCUGGUCACAGAGAUCAUGCCCCUGACAGAUGACGACAUGUGCAACUGGGGCUGAUGGGAACUUCCAUAGAGGGCUGGGCAGCAGAGAAAUAAUGGGGGUCACUGAGAAAGACUGGCAGGACAAGACUUUCUGGUCAAAUGAAUUAAAUCUAGAAUCAUAUGUUAAUAAAUGCACACAUCCUAAGCAGAGAAAAAAGAUGUGCCGGUCUCUGUUGUGCAGUUCCAUCAAACCAAAAUACCUUUAAAGCUCAGCAUGGACUUUGUGUUUAAAGAUGGUCAAAAAAUGUCCUUUAUGUAAUAAAAUGUAUUUAAUAAUAAAAAGGGCGUAUUGGGUUUUUGUCACAUUUCAUGAUUUAAAAAAGUGUGAUCUGCACCUACAUUACAAAAUAGAUUCCAAUAUCUUUUCUGACAAAGGAGCUCUUGGAAAUAUCUGAUUUUAAAGUAUGACAACCUACCACUUGAGGGCAGCAAAGCUGGCUGCAAGGUGUAUUUCUGUAUUAGUUCAGUUCUUAACCAAGAUUCAAUAAACACCAUCUGGAAGUUAAAAUAUG